AACUCUCCGCUUCUUCACGUUUCCUCUUCUAAAACACACAUACAACACAAAAAUGGCAAAUAGCAGUAACAGUUCUAAGAAAGAUAUGGAUCGGGUUAAAGGUCCAUGGAGCCCCGAAGAAGACGACCUUCUACAGCAGCUCGUUCAUAAACAUGGACCACGAAAUUGGUCUCUUAUUAGCAAAUCCAUACCUGGAAGAUCCGGUAAAUCAUGCCGGUUAAGGUGGUGCAAUCAGUUAUCUCCACAAGUAGAGCAUCGGGCUUUUACUCCCGAAGAAGAUGAGACCAUUAUUCGGGCCCAUGCUCGGUUUGGGAAUAAAUGGGCUACUAUAGCCCGACUUCUUAAUGGACGAACCGAUAACGCCAUUAAGAACCACUGGAACUCUACCUUGAAGAGGAAGUCCUCCUCUCUUAGUGCUGAUGAAGGUAACGAACUCGCCGAUCAAAUUUUUCAAAAUCAACAGCCGCCGUUAAAGAGAUCUGUUAGUGCCGGAUCCGCCAUGCCGGUGUCCGGUUUCCAUUUCAGUCCCGGUAGCCCGUCGGGUUCGGACAGUGAUUCGAGCCUUCAUGUCACUUCAUCGUCUCAAUCUCACUUAUUCAAGCCUGUCGCCAGAGCCGGCGGUGUGUUUCCGCCGCCGUCUAUUGACACGUCAUCUCCUUCCGAUGAUCCGCCGACUUCCCUCAGCCUUUCGCUUCCCGGAGUUGACUUGACCGAGUUUUCUAAUCGUUCGGCCGAGUCAACUCAGUUGAAGAAUCCGUUCCAGAUGCUUCCUGUUGCUAUGCAGAUUCCGCCACCUCCACCACCGCCGCCUCAGGCUGCGGCGGUGUCGUUUCAACGUGCUCCUUUAAAUCAGGAAGCUGCAGCAGAACAGCAAGAUAAGGUGUUUGUGCCGUUUAGUCAGGAGUUGUUGGGAGUGAUGCAGGAGAUGAUUAAAGCGGAGGUGAGGAACUAUAUGGUAGGGAUUGAACAGCAACAAUUUCAGCAGCAACAGCAGCGACAUUAUCAACAACAGCAGCAGUUUCAGCAACAAAAUCAUCAAAUGCCAAGUGGAAUAGGGUUAGGUUUGUGUAUGCAACAAGCUACUGAUGGAUUCAGGAAUACAGGUGCUAAUCGCAUGGGAGUAAGCAAAAUCGAUUAGAGAGAGGGAGGUAGAGAAAGAAACUAUCUUUGUUUCGUUUCUCUCUAUGUUUAGGGGGCACAUGUUGGCUUUGAGCUUCAACCGUGUGGGAUCAUAAAAAAAGGAAGUAGUUUUUAGACUGUUUGUACAGAGAGAGUGGGAGGGAGAGUAUAAAGCCGAGUUCCAAUGGCAGAAAUGCCAAGGCUGGAACAAAUAAGAAAAAAAAAAGAUUAAAAAAGACGUUUUAUUAAUUUAUAUUCAGGCAGAUUUAGAAAACAAGAAAAAAACUAGGUAAGUAAAUAUGUUUUGAGAGACCCUACCGCCAUUGAAAUGAAAAAUGAAAUCUGAUGGAAGGAUUUGAAUGAAGAAAAGUUCAUAACUUUAUUCUUGAAA